AUGGCGCCGCACGCGCUGCUCCGCGCCGCCGCAUCCGAGCUCCGCCGCCGGGGGCGCCGUGCCCCUCUCCCCCUACCGGCGCUGUCGUCGCUCCUCUCCUCGCCGUCUCCACAGAGCCCAGCCUCCAGCCGCCCCGAUCCUAGCCCGCACGCCGACCGGCGCCACCUCAUCGCGCUCCGCCGGUGCCCGCCGCACCCGGCGUCCGCCGUCCUCGCCCCCGAGGUGCUCCACGGAAGGGUUCUCCUCCCAAGCCACUUCUCGCACGCCUCGCGGCUCUCCACCUCCUCGUCCUCUUCCGAACCCGCGGGCAAGGCCUCGCCGACGCCGCCGCUCACGUGGGUGGACAAGUGGGUACCGGAGGCGGCGCGGCCGUACGCCAUGCUCGCCCGCCUCGACAAGCCCAUCGGGACCUGGCUCCUCGCCUGGCCCUGCAUGUGGUCGAUCACAAUAGCAGCAAUGCCAGGGGAGUUGCCAGACUUGAAAAUGCUGGCACUCUUCGGAUGUGGAGCUGUCCUCCUCAGGGGGGCUGGUUGCACAGUGAAUGAUAUUCUCGAUCGCGACAUUGAUAAUAAGGUUGAGCGCACCAAAAGUAGGCCUUUUGCCUCAGGAGUGCUUACUCCUUUACAGGGAGUGGGCUUCCUUGGAAUUCAGCUCCUAUUGGGACUGGGCAUUCUUCUCCAAUUGAACAGCUAUAGUCGUAUUCUGGGGGCGUCUUCACUUUUUCUGGUCUUCUCGUAUCCCCUGAUGAAGAGGUUCACAUUUUGGCCUCAGGCUUAUCUUGGCCUGACAUUCAACUGGGGAGCUUUAUUAGGAUGGGCUGCUAUUAAGGAAAGCUUAGAGCCUGCAAUCAUCCUUCCAUUGUAUACCGCUGGUAUAUGCUGGACACUGGUGUAUGAUACUAUAUAUGCGCAUCAGGACAAAGAAGAUGACCUCAAAGUAGGAGUUAAGUCCACAGCAUUAAGAUUUGGAGAUUUGACCAAAUACUGGAUCAGUGGCUUUGGUGCGGCAUGCAUUGGCAGCUUAGCACUCAGUGGUUACAAUGCUGACCUUGGAUGGCCCUACUAUCCAUUUCUAGUAGCUGCAGCUGCACAGUUAGCGUGGCAGGUUUCAACUGUGGAUCUGUCUAGCCGCUCAGAUUGCAACAUGAAGUAUGUUCUUCUUGCUUGGAAUAUCCACUACCUAUUGCCAUUUUGA